AUGUCGUCUAACGGUCAAAACGCAAGCAUUCAUAGACUAGGACAGGCCAACGAACAAACAUGGUUACAGAUGGGCUCGGCUGCAGAGUUGAUGCAAGAGUAUGAUCGGGCCAUGAGCGCUUACGAGUCUGCAUUACGUCAUAAUGCCUAUUCUAUUGCUGCUCUGUCAGGAAUAGCCGCUCUUUGUCGAGGGAGGGAACAAUUUCCGAGGGCCGUUGAUUAUUUUCAAAGGAUUUUAAAUAUUGAUCAAACAAAUGGAGAGAUUUGGGGAGCAUUAGGUCAUUGCUACUUGAUGAUGGAUGACCUACAGAAAGCUUAUCAUGCUUACCAACAGGCUCUUUAUCAUUUACCUAAUCCAAAAGAGCCAAAACUCUGGUACGGCAUUGGUAUUUUAUAUGAUCGGUAUGGUUCGCUUGAACAUGCAGAGGAAGCCUUUUCCCAGGUGAUGAGAAUGGAACCAAAAUUCGAGAAGGCCAAUGAAAUUUAUUUUAGACUUGGUAUUAUAUAUAAGCAACAACAAAAAUACGAUCAGAGUUUAGAGUGUUUUAAAUAUAUUCUUCAUAAUCCACCGAGACCUUUAACUGAGGUUGAUAUAUGGUUUCAAAUUGGUCAUGUGUAUGAACAGCAAAAAAAUUUUGGUGCUGCUAAAGAAGCUUAUGAGCGUGUCUUGGCUGAUAAUCCAAAUCAUGCCAAAGUGCUUCAGCAAUUGGGAUGGCUUUACCAUCAACAAAGCGCAAGUUUCAGCAAUCAAGACUUGGCUAUCUCAUACUUAACAAAAUCACUAGAAUCUGAUGGAAAUGAUGCGCAGUCGUGGUAUCUUCUGGGACGUUGUUAUAUGGCCCAACAAAAAUAUAAUAAGGCUUACGAAGCAUAUCAACAAGCUGUCUAUCGUGAUGGGCGUAAUCCAACGUUUUGGUGUUCCAUCGGUGUCCUUUAUUAUCAAAUUAAUCAGUUCCGCGAUGCCCUGGAUGCUUAUAGCAGAGCAAUUCGUUUGAAUCCAUUUAUUAGUGAAGUGUGGUACGAUCUGGGCACGCUUUACGAAUCUUGUAAUAAUCAAAUCAAUGACGCGUUAGAUGCCUAUCAUCGUGCUGCUGAGUUGGAUCCUGCGAACCCUCAUAUAAAGCAAAGGUUACAAAUGCUAAGAACUCAGCAGGCUCAAGGAGGACAAACCACCGCGCCAAUCCCUCAGGAUGUUAAUCCUCAAGCUUAUCAACAAUCGAAUGGUCCAUCAAUGCUUGGUAACCCUCCAACCUUUGCACAGCCAACUCCUGGCCCACCGGGACCUCCUGGUAUGCCAACAUAUGGAAGUAGACAAGAAAAUAAGCAACCCCAUCCACCUAUUUCAUUAUCAUCAAUUCAUGCUCAUGGAGAUAAUCAUCGUGACUUACCUCCAAUGUCAAGAGGAGACUUGUCUCAAUUGCAAAGAGGUGAUUUACCUCCCAUGUCAACUCCAAUGUCACUCUCAAGGAGAAGUCCGGUUCCCUCCGGAUCAUAUGCACCUCAACCACCCCAUCUCCGUGAACCAAGGCCACCUACACCACCAAUUCAUCAAAUUAAUAAUUCAGUCAUGUCUCCACACGAUCAAAGACCCAUAACGCCUCACCAAUCACAACAAUCACAAACGCCUUUACGUUCAGAUAAACGUUCGUCACCGCCUCCGACGCUUCCUCAAAUUCAAGAUGAUAAUCGACGCCCGAGAUAUUCUCCUCAAUUACCUGAACCCCAUUCACAAUUACGUCCUACUUAUCCUUCUUCACCAAGGAUUAAUGAACACGGUAGCUCACAGCAUUCAGGUUAUCAUCAACCUCCUCAUCAUGAAAUUACUCGUUCUCCUCCGAUCGGUGAUCGUCGUGAUUCCGAAAUGUAUGAUCAUAACAAGAUGCACAUCGAUUAUCGAGAAUCUCCAUCCAAACCUGAAGAAACUGCAGUUACCUCUGGUCACGAUCAUGGAAGAGUUUCAAUUUUGAAUAGUCACCCUCAGAUUGAUCAGCUCGAUCAUAGAAUGCACGUUGAUGGUGGCUCGGUUGAUGAUAAAAUUCCACCAUUCACCCCCUAUCGUCAAGAAGAUCAUCCUAUACUUAACUUGGAAUCUCCUGUUAGGGAGAGUGCAUAUGGAAACGACAUUCACAGUCCAGUCUCGAGUAUUGCUAAUGAAGAACAUAGUCAUCAAUCGAACAGUCCACCUAGUCCCCAUGAAGAUAAACCAAUAUUACCAGCAAUAAGGACGUCUGUUGAUAGAGGUGGACCAUCAAUUUCAUCUACAGCACGGCAAGUUGACGAAGAUUACGAUGAUGGUACAGCAGCGGCAGAUGUCUUGGUUAGCAUUGGUGAAGGUGGAGCAUCAUCAUCUGCUUCAGGGCAAAAAAGGUCUUUCUCGCCAAAAUCUGGAGAAAAUGAGAUAGAUGAACGUAACCGCGAAGAUUUAAAACGAACCAAGACCUCAUCACCCGGAAGGGAGGAAACACAUUCACCUAGAUCCACACAUUCAGAACGUGAACGUGAAAGAGAUCAAAUAAGAGAAAGGCGAAAAUCAGAGCAAAGUGCUAGCGGUAGUGUAGCACAAUCGCCUACGGAUUUAGAUUAA